GCGCAAAUAUCAAAUACAAAUUCAAACACUAAUACUACCAAAAUUUGAACUUUCCAGAAUCGAAAGUGAAAGUUGGAUAGACCAAUUUGCCUCUCACAACCGAAAUUCAAUAAAUCCCUCAGUUUAAACAUGGAAAAACAAAUCGAAGAAUUGAAGAGUGAUAUUGAAGAAAUUAACAGUUUACUCGAAUCUGCUUGUCGAACACGAGUUAAAGAUCUUCUUGGAUUGGAUAAAAGAAAAUUGGAAACUGAGUUAAUACAAAAACAGGAUCGCCUAAAAAGUUCAACAGAACAAAAAUCAAUACCUGGAACAACAGUGAAGCCAAAGACAGGACCUUACACAGUCACAAUACAUAACUAUGCAUGGGAUCAAUCAGAAAAGUUCAUGAAACUCUAUGUCACCCUUAAAGGUGUACAAUCUUUACCUAAAGAUCAAAUUACCAGUCAAUUCACAAAAAGAACCAUCAGAUUAAAAGUGAACGACUUGGAUGGUAAAAAUCAUGAACUUUAUAUUUCCAAUCUUUUUGAGGAUAUACAACCCAGUGAAAGUUUUUUCAAGAUUAAAACAGACACUGUCCUGGUAAUGAUGAGAAAGGACAAUUCCAAAACCUGGUCACAUGUCACUCAGCGAGAUCAUAAAGAAAAGGAAGCCAAAAAACCCAAAGUGGAUGAAAAUGCUGAUCCCAAUGACAGUUUGAUGACUAUGAUGAAACAGAUGUAUGAAGACGGAGAUGAUGAGAUGAAGAAAACUAUAGCAAAGGCAUGGAGUGAAAAUAGGAACAAACAAUCCAAAGAUACGGAAUAAUUCCAGUCAUCAUCACAUACAUGUACAAAUGAUUGACAGCAAAAAGUAGCAUAGAUUUUUUAAAAUGUAUCAAAUAUCUGAAGAAUAAUUAACUCAUCAAUGUAUAAUUUCAUACUAAUUGUGUUAAACUGUCAUAAUCAUGUAUCAACUAAUAAAUUUCUGAUUUUGUA